AUGAGUCCUCAAUGGAUACCACAGAAUAUACAGAAGAGGCUACUAUUAUAUGUCCUAAACCAGUUGUCACUAUUUUCAGAAGUAGAUUUACCAAAUCUCGAAGAGGUUUCAUUGAAUAACAUAACGUUGAAAGAUGUGAGUAUCGAUCCCGAGAAGGUUGGCAAACUUCCCGGUUUCAAUCUUCGGCAUGGAAAGGUAGGAGCGAUUGAGCUAACUACAAUUUCGGGAAUCAGCGCUGUCAAAAUUGAUGUGAAAAAUGCCGAAGUUGUUGUUUCACCUGACUAUGAUGAUGUGGAGAACACAGCUAGCCACUCCCAAUUCCUUUUGGCCCAAACCACUGCGGACUUGGCAAACACUAUCAUGUUGGAGACGGAUAAUUAUGAAAUGCAAAAGAGCGAGUCUGCAGUUGGUAGUGACAGUGACAGCGAUGCAGAGUGUGUUACACCAAUUGCUCCAACUACAAGAAGGCGAAGCUCAACCGUUUCAAAUAACUCAACGUUGGGAAACGUUAUGCAGAGGGCAAUGGAGAUGGCACUACUGAGGCUUCAGAUUAAUAUCACAAAUUUAACUGUAAAAUUGAUCACUGAACUGACUGACUUGCUCAUGGAAGUGGAGGAGGUCAUGAUUAAUACGGUUAACGGGACGCGCAAUAUUAAGGUCAAUGGUGUCUCUAUCAGGACAUUGCGUCCAGAUGUACCUGAUGGAAAGAAGGAUAUACCGACGAAAACGGACACAACAGAAAAGUCAGAAGAUGAGGAGAAUGAUGAUUCGUCUGAUUAUGGAGAAGAGGCGUUGAUGAACAGCAUGGUGUUUACCCACGAGGAGGCAAGCUCCAUAUAUAUGAGUGCAACUUCGCAAUCAUUGGGAAAGUCAACCGCAGCAGAGGGACCAGUUGAUAAUAAACAAAAUAUUGGAACUACAAAAGAGCCACCUAUAUUGUUCCAUAUGGACCAGUGCGAUAUUGAAUUUGAUGGACUAAAAGCUAUAUCAAAUUUAGAAGUGAAGGUAAACAAGGUCAAACUUACGACGAGUCCAACAACCGCGACGCUAAUUUCCAUAUUCGAUGGCAUAACUAGAACAUUAAAAAUCAAGCUAUACCAAAUGAAAAGGAAAUCGUCAUCAAAAAUGCAAAAAAACAGUGUCAAAUUUCCCCAGUAUUCCAAUGAUGAUGAUGAUGACGAGGUUGAUAGUGAGUCCAGUGAAGAAACAACACAAAAUGAGCCUUUAUUCAAUAGCUUUAGGAUUUCAAGCUUACAGAUUGGCCUAAACGCGGCUAUAAAAUCGGAUGGUUCAUUUGCUAAAGUGAAUGGACUUGUCAUCAAUCUUGAUAACAUUAUCGCAAAGCAAAAGAAUGAAUUGUUAUUGUUUGGUGGUGUUGAGGUUGUGGAGAUAUUACGAUUCUGGGAAGGCAACGAGUCCAAGGUUUUCAAUUUCGAGAAACCGCACGAUGCUGGUCCCCAAAGAUCAGUUUCCCCCCUGAGCAUACUGUCGGAGACAUCAUACAAUAGUGAAACUACUAGGGCAGAUUUCCGGUUUGAGGUGUUUCAAAAUGAAGACGAUAAAUCAAAUCUCGAGACUACGCUUUUGUUUGCCAAGGCAGCAUUCCUCAAUUUGGAUGAGCAUGAUUUAGGAUCAUUGUUAAAGGUUGCAGACGGAAUUAGUGCUGUAUCUGCUCGUUACAGCAAAUUGAAGAGUGUUUUGAAUAGCAUUCAUAAGCUUCGAGAUGCUUCUAAUUCCAGUCCACCCAAUGUCAAUGAAAGAAAAGAACACAUAAUAGUUCAAACAGCUUCAAUCAAUGUGACUGUUGCGAUAGAGAGAAACUUGAAACUACAAAUCGGGAUUCUUCCAAUUUCUUUUGACUCUAUCAAAAGCGAGUUGAAUAUUGCCUCCAUUACAGGCCAUGGAAUCGUGGGCAACCAGCCAAUAGGGACGCUAUUUAAUGUUACAGGAGUAAAUGUGUACCAGAAAGCAAGAGACUUUAGGGCUUUUAUCCAUCCAAAUGCAGCCAAUUCCAAUGGAACUAACCUACCCCGUGCAUCAAAUUUGAGUACUUUAUUAACUGUGUCGAUUCUGGAAAUUGAAUACGGUUCUACAUUAAGCUACUUGAAGCUCUUUGUGAAAGAGUCACAACACCUAAUAAACUCUUUAUUGGAACAGUUGGCCCACGGUGAUGUAGCCACGUCAUCCAAAUCUGUUAAACACGUGAAACUUGAUCAACCAAGCCAUAUGUUGUCGUCAACCAGCAACUUGGAUAGAAACAGGAGAAUGGGACUUGGCCUAAACAGAAGUCCCAUAAUGCUGCAAAGCACAUAUCGCAUGAAUCAAGUUAGUUAUUGUAUUCACAUUGGAAGGAUCUCGAUCAAGGUCGAUGACAUUCUCCCUAAAUUUGGCGGCCUUAAAACGGAUAUAUCUGAAAUUACACUAUUCAAAUUGAAGAACGACAUACUUGGCUCUAUACUUGCUUUGAAAACAGUAAGGACGAAAGAUGACUUUAUUGAGGAUGUUCUUUAUCAGUAUCAAGGCUUAGAAGCAGCAUCAAUUGGUGUCCCUUUAGUUACUUUCAAAUAUAAGUCCAUGGAAAGAGCUUCUACCUUGGAAAUCGGCGCGCAUGAUUUCUUAUUGGAGUAUUAUACGUACUGGCUAACAUUAUUUGGUAAGGAUGAAUCAAUCAUUGAACAAGUGGAGGAAGAAUUGAUUGACACAGCCCCGCCAAAGAAGCUGUCAUCGACCCAUCGUUUUGAUGUUAGGCUUACGUUAUACAAUUGCUUAGUUGGACUUACUCCAGGUCGAUUAAGGAGUAAAAGCUACUUGACCGUAUCUAAGGGUAAUGUUGACUUUGUAUUUGGAUCUAAUCAAUCGCACAUAAAAAGCUCUAUUAGAGAUAUUGCUAUACUUUUGAUUGAUGAUUUGAAAAAUGUGACACCAGCAAAUGACUCCAAGAUCGACCAAUCUAAUGAAGUGAUUGCAGCUGAGGUGUUGUCUAAUCGUGGGUAUAUCCAAAUAGGAUCGAUUAAUUUAGCCCACAUUGGGUUAACUUUCAACACUAAUAUAGAGGAAAUACGAAGAAGGAAUCAUGAAUUGGAGAUUAGAGAAGGAUUGUCAAUUAUUGAAUUUAAAAUCAAUACUGAUGAGAUACAGUUGGACUUGUGUGCAGAUUCAGCUAAUACUUUUGCUCAAUUGAUUAGUGAUUUGAAGUUGCCUUACGAUUUUGAAGACGAGGAUAAGAUGAAGCUAAGAGUUGAUGCGGAUAUGAAUAUCUUAAAUGGCAUUGACAGCAACAUGUUUAAGAACGUUAGCGAGUCUUUUGCUGAAAUGGAUAUAAAUGAGGAGCCGGUCUCUGUAGAAGCCAGCUUAGAGUCGAGUUCAGGCUUGGAAUUCCAAGAUGAGCAUUUUGAUUACGUGUCGAGUUACAAGUCCGAUACUGAAGCGAUUGACCCAUUAAAGCUUAAUAUCAACUUAUCAAGAGUGGAGAUAUAUCUAUACGAUGGCUAUGAUUGGAAAGAUACGAGAAAGGCAAUCAGAGGUGCUGUGAAAAAGAUUGAGUCAGUGCAAAAGAAACUGGAGGCAAGUUUUAAUGAGACGAGCGAACGCAAUGGUUCUGAAGAAACAGUGAACACAGAUACUGCAGCCGAGCCAGAUUCGACCCUGGUGAUUCAAGAAACGUUGUACCAAUCGAUAUAUGUAAGUGCCCCCAAGGCAGCACAAGGAACAGAUUUAGCCAAGAGCAUUAAUCUUGGGCUACAAAACAACGAAGAUGACAUCAAUGACCGCGAAGACAAGAUUGAUGCUAAUAUAAAAAGGGGUAAAAAUUACAAAAAUCUCAAAUUGAGACGCUCGGCAUAUCACAAAGUGGUGGCAGAUUUGAGAAGCAUUGACAUAGGUGUGGUGGUGUACUCCACAAGAGACCCCAGACGUGACAACACUGAUCCAGAUAUGAAAGUUGAGCUUUUAAAUUUGGUUGAGUUGAGUUUGGGAACUAUUGACGUUUAUGACAAUGUACCGUCUUCCACGUGGAACAAGUUUUUAUCCUACAUGAACAUUCUUGGAGAACGAGAGGUUGGAACCAGUAUGGCAAAGGUUAGCAUCCUCAAUGUGCGACCAAAACCCAACCUAGUUACGGCUGAAGCGAUCAUGAAGGUGUCGGUUUUACCGUUGCGGCUCCAUGUUGAUCAAGACACUUUGGAUUUUAUGACGCGUUUUACUGAUUUUAAAGACUCAAGAUUUGACCUACCACCGGAUGAGAUUUUGUAUAUACAAAAGUUUGAAAUCAGUCCGAUUAAGUUGAAGAUUGAUUAUAAGCCUAAGAAGGUGGAUUUUACGGGAUUGAGGUCAGGAAGAACCGCUGAGUUUGCCAACUUUUUCAUUUUGGAUGGAUCAAGCAUUACAUUACCAAGGGCCCAUUUAUAUGGGAUGCUGGGUAUACCCGAGUUACUGCGUGGCUUGGGCAAAGCAUGGGCGCCAGUGUUUCAACUGACACAAGUCUUGGGUAUUGUUUCAGGUGUUUCAUCUUUGAGAUCAGUCGUCAACAUUGGCAGUGGGUUUAAAAACUUGUAUGUUGUUUCGAGAAAAGAGUACCAAAAGGAUGGUCGGUUUUGGAGAAGUCUUCAAAAAGGGACAACCUCCUUUGCCAAGACUACGGGGUACGAGUUGGUCAAUAUGGGGGUUAAGAUAGCCUCUGGUACCCAAGUAUUGUUGGAGCAAGGUGAAGAGAUGUUGGGUGGCGAGGGCUCUUCAUCAAGAACAAACCGUACAACACGUCGUGGUUCAGAUGACGGAUCUGACACUUCGGUUGAUUUCACCGAGAUAAAGAAUAGGGGCAAUGGUGGUGGCAAUGUUCUUUUGAGUUCACAAAUUUUGAAUAAGCAAGUUGCUGAAAAGUUUGGUGAUGAUUUGCAGUUUAAUGGACAAAAGAAGUUAUAUUCAGAUUUUGAAUUUGAAGAUGACGGAGAUGAUAAUAUUGGUAUUGAUAAGGAGCUUUUGAGCAAAUCAAUAUUUUUGCUUCCAGAAGACGAGGAGAUCAACAUCAAGAGUUUAGAAACUGUGGAUGAAAGCGAUGAAAACGGAGAAGCGGGGAUGACUCUUGCCACUGCUAGUAAAGAUAUUACAGGUGACGAUGAAGGCAAUGUUGAUGCGGAUGAUGAAAAGUACGAUAUCUACGCUAUUGAAGAAACAGAUAAAGAUGAACUUAAGCAAAAAAUGGUUAGUUUAUACUCGAACCAACCUGAAUCAUUCCAACAAGGUCUUUUAUCCGCCUAUAAGUCACUUGGUAAAAAUUUCAAAUUAACUGGUAAGCAAUUGACUAAAUUGAAAAAGGAAUUGGACAAGCAAGAAACGGUGCCGGAUUCCAUAGCGACGGUUUUAAAGAAUUCACCGGUGAUUUUAAUAAGACCAAUGAUUGGAACUACGGAGGCAUUGUCAAGGACAUUGAUGGGUAUUGGAAAUGUUAUAGAUCCCAAACAUAUGGUUGAAAACAAGGAUAAGUAUCGAAGUGAGAGUAGUGAUGAUGGGAAAUGA